UGGCUAGGAACUAAACAUGCUGCUGCGCCCGGUUUGUCAUAUAUAUAGAACAAACAUAACAGCUCAUGAUGAACCUUUGCUAAAGAAGGGUUAAAAGAAGCAUUGAGGCUCAUUUCCUAAGCAAUUUUAGAAUUCGAACCACCUUUCCUUAAAGCACUUCCGGGUCAUCUCCAUAGGAAAGGAUAUUCAAAAAUUAAAAAAAGAGAAUUUGUAGAGGCUCCUGGUGUCCGUCCGAGGCAUCUGGAUCAAACCUUAAAACUUUCAGACCUAGUUCUUUUCGACCGCUCGUAUUUUGUAUUCUAUUGUGGGUUUUUAUCCACAACAGUAUCCAUUUGUUAAUAAACAUGUCACCGUGCGGCCCAACUUUGGAAGAACAGCUUUCGUCCAUAAUGGAUGUACUUGCGAAAGGUGCUGUAUCUGAGAUUAGCCAACUGUUCUUGGAAGGCUCGGCUACGAUUCGCUUGCAAUUAACUCGGAGCAUGAAAGAAAACCAAGCGCUGAGGAGGAGGAUGAAGGUGAUGAAGAGUAAAAUGUUUUCUUUGCGGCUUCAAACGAGAUCAAAUGCAUCGUGUGCAGCCAGACAUUUUGCCCUGGCUCGAGCCAUCGUCUGCAAACAUCAGACUAAACCACUGGGAAAUGAAGAAUGCGAUGACUUUGGAGACCGCAGCACACAGCGCGGCGCCCCCUCAGAUAGUCUGCAUGUGGACGCCCCUGGCUCCUCCCACAUGUCCAGUCACAGCGAGGAGCUGAGGAUCCUGAGUGUCCACGGAAAAGGGGAGGGCCCACUGGCGCUGGACGGCCAUGACGCCCUCUUCACUGCGUCCGAACCAGAGGCUCUGAGCUCGCUGUCCACGGAACACAGCGUGGUCAAGAGCCUGGAGCGCGGCGAGCAGCUGGUCCGCCGCGUGGAGCUGACUGGGCAGCAGCAGACCCCAGACACCAUUUUAACCAAGGAUGAAGAGGAUAUUGGUGGAGGCAUGCCCGCUGUAGAACACUGCGAUGACUUUGGAGACCGCAGCACACAGCGCGGCGCCCCCUCAGAUGGUCUGCAUGUGGACGCCCCUGGCUCCUCCCACCUGUCCAGUCACAGCGAGGAGCUGAGGCUCCUGAGCGUCCACGGAAAAGGGGAGGGCCCACUGGCGCUGCACGGCCAUGACACCCUCUUCACUGCGUCCGAACCAGAGGCUUUGAGCUCGCUGUCCACGGAACACGGCGUGGUCAAGAGCCUGGAGCGCGGCGAGCAGCUGGUCCGCCGUGAGGAGCUGACUGGGCAGCAGACCCCAGACACCAUUUUAAUCAAGGAUGAAGAGGAUAUUGGUGGAGGCAUGCCCGCUGUAGAAUACUGCGAUGACUUUGGAGACUGCAGCACACAACACGGCGCCACCUUGGAUCAUCUGCAUGUGGACGCCCCUGGCUCCUCCCACAUGUCAAGUCACAACAGGGAGCUGCGGAUCCUGAGCGUCUAUGGAAAUGGGGAGGGCCCACUGACGGGGGAUGGCCAUGACAACCUCUUCACCGCGUUCAAACCGGAGGCUCUGAGCUCGCUGCCCGCGGUACACAGCGUGGUCAAGAGCCUGGAGCGCGGCGAGCAGCUGGUCCGCCGCGAGGAGCUUACUGGGCAGCAGACCCCAGACACCAUUUUAACCAAGGAUGAAGAGGAUAUUGGUGGAGGCAUGCCCGCUGUAGAAGACUGCGAUGACUGUGGAGACCGCAGCACACAGCGCGGCGCCCCCUCAGAUAGUCUGCAUGUGGACGCCCCUGGCUCCUCCCACCUGUCCAGUAACAGCGAGGAGCUGCGGAUCCUGAGCGUCCACGGAAAAGGGGAGGGCCCACUGGCGCUGGACGGCCAUGACACCCUCUUCACUGCGUCCGAACCAGAGGCUCUGAGCUCGCUGUCCACGGAACACGGCGUGGUCAAGAGCCUGGAGCGCGGCGAGCAGCUGGUCCACCGUGAGGAGCUGACUGGGCAGCAGACCCCAGACACCAUUUUAGCCAAGGAUGAAGAGGAUAUUGGUGGAGGCAUGCCCGCUGUAGAAGACUGCGAUGACUUUGGAGACCGCCGCACACAGCGCGACACCACCUCAGAGAGUCUUUACGCCCCUGGCUCCUCCCACAUCUCCAGUCACAGCGAGAAGCUGAGGAUCCUGAGCGUCCACGGAAAAGUGGAGGGCCCACUGGUGCUGGACGGCCAUGACACACUCUUCACCGCAUCCAGACGGGAGGCCUUGAACUCACUGUCUGUAGACCUCAAUGUGGUCAAGAGCCUGGAGCGCGGCGAGCAGCUGGUCCACCGUGAGGAGCUUACUGUGCAGCAGACCCCAGACACCAUUUUAAUCAAGGAUGAAGAGGUUAUUGGUGGAGGCAUGCCUGCUGUAGAAUACUGCGAUGACUUUGGAGACUGCAGCACACAACACGGCGCCACCUUGGAUAAUCUGCAUGUGGAUGCCCCUGGCUCCUCCCACAUGUCAUGUCACAACAGGGAGCUGCGGCUCCUGAGCGUCUAUGGAAAUGGGAAGGGCCCACUGACGGGGGAUGGCCAUGACAACCUCUUCAGCGCGUUCAAACCGGAGGCUCUGAGCUCGCUGCCCGCGGUACACAGCGUGGGAAAGAGCCUGGAGCGCGGCGAGCAGCUGGUCCACCGUGAGGAGCUGACUCGGCAUCGGGGCGGCGGCAAGGACCGGCCCGGUGUGUUGUCUGGAGAGGGUUUACCCGACGAAACCAAUAUGGUCAUCCACAGGCGUACCCACACCGGCGAGGAGCCGUACGGGUGUGAUCAAUGCGUGAAGCGCUUCACAAAGAGCUCUCACCUGAAGGAACACAUGAGGACUCACUCCGGGGAGGAGCCCUACAGGUGUGACCAAUGCCUGAAGCGCUUCAGUGGGAGCUUUCAACUGAAGAGGCACAUGAGGACUCACUCCGGGGAGAAGCCCUACAGUUGUGACUAUUGCCUGAAGCGCUUCAGGGAAUGCUCCGUCCUGAAGGUCCACAUGAGGACUCACUCCGGGGAGAAGCCCUACAGGUGUAACCAAUGCGUGAUGCGCUUCAGGAAUAGUUCCCACCUGACGGUCCACAUGAGGACUCACUCCGGGGAGAAGCCCUACAGGUGUAACCAAUGCGUGAAGUGCUUCAGUCAGAGCUCCGCCCUGAAGAGACACAUGAGGAUUCACUCCGGGGAGAAGCCCUACAGUUGUGACUAUUGCCUGAAGCGCUUCAGGGAAAGCUCCGCCCUGACAGUCCACAUGAGGAGGACUCACCCCGGGGAGAAGCCCUACAGGUGUGACCAAUGCGUGAAGCGCUUCAGUCGUAGUUACAUCCUGAAGGAACACAUGAGGACUCACUCCGGGGAGGAGCCCUACAGGUGUGACCAAUGCCUGAAGCGCUUCAGUAGGAGCUUUCAACUGAAGAGGCACAUGAGGACUCACUCCGGGGAGAAGCCCUACAGUUGUGACUAUUGCCUGAAGCGCUUCAGGGAAUGCUCCGUCCUGAAGGUCCACAUGAGGACUCACUCCGGGGAGAAGCCCUACAGGUGUAACCAAUGCGUGAAGUGCUUCAGUCAGAGCUCCGCCCUGAAGAGACACAUGAGGAUUCACUCCGGGGAGAAGCCCUACAGUUGUGACUAUUGCCUGAAGCGCUUCAGGGAAAGCUCCGCCCUGACAGUCCACAUGAGGAGGACUCACCCCGGGGAGAAGCCCUACAGGUGUGACCAAUGCGUGAAGCGCUUCAGUCGUAGUUACAUCCUGAAGGUCCACAAGAGGACUCACACCGGCGAGAAGCCGUACGGGUGUGAUCAAUGCAUGAAGCGCUUCACACAGAGCUCUCACCUGAAGGUCCACAUGAGGACUCACUCCGGGGAGAAGCCCUACAGGUGUGACCAAUGCGUGAAGCGCUUCAGUACGAGCUCUCUCCUGAAGACCCACAUGAGGACCCACUCCGGGGAGAAGCCCUACAGGUGUGACCAAUGCGUGAAGUGCUUCAGUACGAGCUCUCACCUGAAGGUCCACAUGAGGACUCACUCCGGGGAGAAGCCCUACAGGUGUGACCAAUGCGUGAAGCGCUUCGGUCGUAGUUACAUCCUGAAGGUCCACAUGAGGAUUCACUCCGGGGAGAAGCCCUACAGGUGUAACCAAUGCGUGAAGCGCUUCAUUUCGAGCUCUCUCCUGAAGAUCCACAUGAGGACUCACUCCGAGGAGAAGCCCUACAGGUGUGACCAAUGCGUGAAGCGCUUCAGUACGAGCUCUCACCUGAAGGUCCACAUGAGGACUCACUCCGGGGAGAAGCCCUACAGGUGUGACCAAUGCGUGAAGGGCUUCAUUUCGAGCUCUCUCCUGAAGAGACACAUGAGGACUCACUCCGGGGAGAAGCCCUACAGAUGUAACCAUUGCGUGAAGUGCUUCAUUUCGAGCUCUCUCCUGAAGAUCCACAUGAGGACUCACUCCGGGGAGAAGCCCUACAGGUGUAACCAAUGCGUGAAGUGCUUCAGUCAGAGCACUCACCUGAAGAUCCACAUGAGGACUCACUCCGAGGAGAAGCCCUACAGGUGUGACCAAUGCGUGAAGCGCUUCAGUACGAGCUCUCACCUGAAGGUCCACAUGAGGACUCACUCCGGGGAGAAGCCCUACAGGUGUGACCAAUGCGUGAAGGGCUUCAUUUCGAGCUCUCUCCUGAAGAGACACGUGAGGACUCACUCCGGGGAGAAGCCCUACAGAUGUAACCAUUGCGUGAAGUGCUUCAUUUCGAGCUCUCUCCUGAAGAUCCACAUGAGGACUCACUCCGGGGAGAAGCCCUACAGGUGUAACCAAUGCGUGAAGUGCUUCAGUCAGAGCACUCACCUGAAGAUCCACAUGAGGACUCACUCCGGGGAGAAGCCCUACAGGUGUAACCAAUGCGUGAAGUGCUUCAGUCAGAGCACUCACCUGAAGAUCCACAUGAAGACUCACUCCGGGGAGAAGCCCUGAAGGUGCAACGCCAGCCUCAGUGACCCUAGCAAUUUGCGUUGGCACAUGCUCAAGCACAGAGGCAAUGGGGUGCUUUGACACGGGCAAUGGGACCUUUUAAUUCACACCUGUAUCCUGUUUUUGUUUAAAUUUGUCUGCUGUAGUUAUUUUUUAUUCAUGAUUAUAGACGCUUUCCAACUUUUCGUUCUUUUAGUUUACUCUUUUAUUGUUGUAAACAAUUGAUUUCUGUGUGAAGGUGAGCAACGUGGCAAUUUUAGGAUUGGCCAGAGGAGAGACCAAGUUAAAUUGCAAUACACUGUGGGUAAAGUGGACUUGGCUGCAAGACAAUUAAAGGAUUCUACAACAAAGAAGUCACUAGAUUGGCCAAAGUAUCAGAAUUGGUGGCUACAGUUGCAAUGCCAAGUAUAACAACACCUUUCAUUUAGACAGGACGGGAGGUAUAUCUAGGUUCAAGGAGAAUGUAUAGAAAUCCCUUUCAAUUGGCUACAUACAAUAUACAAUUGUAUAUUAUAAUUAGGUCAUGCAUGCAACGCUCAAUUUAGCUGCCAGCAGAAACGGUUGCAUAAUUUUGGAUAUUAUCAGAAUAAUUUUAAGUUUCAUAAAAUAAUAUUUUUAAAGGUCCCAUAGCAUGCUACUUUAUGGAUGCUUUAAUGUAGAUAUUAGUGGACCCCAAACGCGGUAUUUGAAGCCGUUUUUGAAAUUCAGCCGUGGUGCAGAAUUACUGCCACUACGAGCCAGUCGCACAUUGAGCUUUCCCCAACGCACCAUUUCGGAGUCUGUAGCUUUAAUGCAAAUGAGGAGAGAGGUGGUUCAAGGUGGAGGGUGGGGGUGUGGCCCUGAGCAGCUUGCUGCCACGGUUCCAUGCGCUCCGAUUACAGUGGAUGUAUCGCAAUGGCGAGGCGCACAUAGCCUUUGGCAGUGUUCUGUAAAUAUUCUAGAACACUCCGGGUGCUCCGGGGGGAGUCCUGGAGCUCUACAUCUAAAUAAUAUAUUAUACAUGGAUAUCUAUCAAAUAAUAUAUAUUAUUACGACCAAAAGCUGGGCCUCCAGAAGAUAUUAUGAAUCACAAACGACUACGUUGGGUUCUCUGACCCUCUGGUUCUUCCACGUCCACAUCAAUCUGAAAUAGACUGAACCACGACAUGGAGAAGAAAGGGUUUGUUGAGCGCGGUUGUCUCACGCUGGAGCCUCGCUGCCGAGGGACCACCUUCUCGGCAGUGGUCAGCGCUUAGGCACCACUGCCUCCUGCAGCGGGCAGCGCCGACACGGUGGUCCCUCGGCAGCGGGAAGAGGGGCUCAAGCAGGGGAUAUUUGCGGGCAACAAUCCCUUUCUCCUCCAUGUCGUGGUUCAUGUACGCCCACUACAAGUCUCGUUGUGGAAAUACCAGAAACGAGAGUCUGACGUGUUAUGUGCCAUAACAGGGUUCCCGCGGAUCCUUAAAAAGUCUUAAGUCUUAAAUUCAUAAAUCAAAAAAUAAGGCCUUAAAUAGCAUUAAAAAGUCUUAAAUCCAUCUUUCAAAAGUCUUAAAAAUGUUUACACAUUGUAAGUAGGAUUUUAUGAUUGUAAUUAGUCUCAAAUCUAAGAAAGAAUGCUUAACAUUUUUUAUAUAUAUAAAUUAGGGCUGUAACGAUACGCGUAUCGAAACCAAAAUCGCGACACUCAAAGCCAAGGGAAAGUGAAGGGAAAAGAAAAAACCAUAAUGCAGAAGGCAAUUCUUUUUUAUUGUCUCAGGUUGUACCACCUAGUGUCAUACAGUCUCUCCCCUGAGCUAGCUGCAACAGCCUGAACUGUGUAAUCGAAGAUUUAAACAGUAAACAAUAGGGCUGUAACGAUACGAGUAUCGAAAUCGCGACACUCAAAGCCAAGAACCUGUUUCGCGGUUUGAGAAGGCAGAAGCGCGAUACGCCCUUUCUAACUCUCCGGUCAAAUUGUCCGAUUGAAAUUUGCUAAUAAUUUGUCUAAAUAAUAGUCUGCUCACAGCGCCCCUUCUUAUCGAUGCCGUAAGUUUGCGCCGAGAUGCCCAGUGAUGACCGCUCUCCGUGGCUACGGAGGAUUUAAUUUCUCCACAGCCGUCGAAGUCCUCAUAUGCGAUAUGAACGACAUUUAUCCAGAGUGGGCCUGUGUGAUCCCUGUCUCUAUUGUUUUGUAUGAUUUGACCGGCAGUUUGUCUGCUUAUAGGUCGGAAUGAAGCGGCCACCGAUUAUUGACAGGAUGGGUACUUUAUUCUACCGGACUCGUUCACUUCUUCACGACACACACGCUACCGCUCGCUCUCCUCGCUCGUCCACUCACUCGCUGACGUCACUCACACACACACAUACGCACACUACCAUUCUCGUGCACACACAUACGCUACUCGUAACACUAUGCCUCGUUAUUGCGAUGUUCAUGUUAGAUGUUCAUGUUUUUUCCCAUCGAUUGAAAGUUAGGCUAUUAAACAUUUUUCAUUCUAUACGGCCUGAUUAGGUCAUUAUUUAAGCUUCAUAGCCUAAUAAGAAGCGCCAAUAGGAUAUUUGACUAAACCUCCAAACUAGUUGAGGGUUUUUGCUCCAACUACAAUCUUUGGUUAUUUAUUUAUUAAUUUAGCUAUACUUUAAUAGUAUUCUUUCUGUUCAAAUCUGUUCAGUGUUCCAAAUUAUUUGUUAUUAAAUGUGGCAUCAAGUUAAUUGUUAUACAAGUGUUGUUGAAAUAAAAUGCUUUUUAAAUUUUAAAAAAUCGUGGGAUGUAUCGAACCGUGGGUCAAAAAUCGUGAUACAAACCGAAUCGUGAGUUGGUGUAUCGUUACAGCCCAAAUAUAAAUGAAUAGCAGUAUUGUUGCGCAAUCACGAGAGCGGAACCAACAAAACAUUUGUUUUGCGGCCGUGACUCAGAUGCACGUCGUUCAGGUGUGCAAGAGGUCAUUUUUGUUUCUGUCCAAAAAGCCUACUGAUAGUGGAAAUAUGUUCAAAUACAUUUUUCCACUAGUGUUUAUUGUGUCGUUGGUCUUAAAUUUCCUUUCAAGUGGCAUUAAAAAAGUCUUAAAAAGUCUUAAAUUUAACUUUCAUUAAGCUGUAGGAACCAACACCAACAGCAGACCGGUUAUCCAAAUAACAAAGAAGUGUACCAUACUUUCGUUACAGUAUGUGUAAUCACACACACACACACACACACACGGCACUCUCACGGGCGUAUCUCAUUGGCGGGCUAAAUUUUCUGGGCUGGCGAGGCAGAGAAAGGAGAGGUUGCAUCUCCCCUUAUGACGACACACCGGGGAAAUUCCAAAACGGCACGUCUGACCUUCGUUUUUUCAAUGGCGGAGCAGAAUGCCUAGUGGUCGUUUUACACCCAACAAAAUUUCUAGCUACUGGGGGAGCAUAGGUAGGCUAGGGGAUCUCAUAUUAAUGUUAGAAAACCUCAAAGUGAAAUUUUCAUGACAUGGGAUCUUUAAUAAGAAUGACACCACAUUUAAAUAUAUCAUAUAUUUAUCUGCAUUUCUUUUAUUUUGCAAUAUGUUUACAAGCGGACCCGUUUAUGCAAUGUAUAGCGGAACUCGAUCCAAUUGAAAGCCAAUCAAAUGUAUUCAAACUUUGUCGCAUUGUCUAUUAGUUUGACUCUUCCAUUUAUUUGUUUCCAACUUUUUUUUUUAAAUGGUGUGCAGGUUUACAUUGUUUACUCCAUUUAGACCAAGGAUGGGCAACUGGCGGCAUCGGGCAUGCGGCCCGCGGGCAUCCUCACUCAGUCAGGCCCGCACAUAAUUAAAAAAAAAAAAGAUUAUUAUUAUUUAUUUUUUUAUAAUUGAUCGAGUUACAGAAAACUCGGUCAAGAAAGAUGAGAAGAAUUCAUAGAAUUCAAAGGCAAACCCAUGCGUCUAGUUUGCUUAGAAAGGAUAUCAGUCAUUAAAGAUGUCCACAUAAGUCGCCACUACAACUACUACAACUGCAAUGAAUAUCAUGCUUGUUGGGUUUGAGUUCAUUGAGUUGUUGCACUUAAUGUUGGGCCACUGUUUUUCAGCUUUGUGACAUCAUUGAAUGAUGAUAUAUGUGAGCCCUUUGCACUGAUAACAAUACUAACCAUUCAUGUGGCUGUUUGAGCAUGCAAAACAUGAAAUGAAUUGUUGGUUAAAUUAACAUACCGUACAUAGGUUAUGAUUCUGGAAGAUUUUUUAGGUAGUGGCCAUCCCCAAAAUGCACCAGAAUGCAGGAAAUCAUAUCUACCAAAUUCGAAAUUGUGUAGCUUCUCUCAGCUCACGUUUAGUUGAGUGUGCAGUCAUGUGGCCCUCUGAUGGUUAUGAUGAAAAAUGUGGCCCUCUUUAUCAUGAAAGUUGCCCAUCCCUGCCCAAACCCAUAGGGUUAGGGCGUGACUGGGCUCUGGUUUUCCCUUACGUUAGAGCCCAUGGGACCUAUAAAAUCGAAAAAUAUGAAUGGGUUUCAAUGGAGAGAAAGUAAUUAUAUUCUGGUCCUAGUCUUUAUAUGCUCCGGAUUACACAUAUGUUGUUCGUGGAUUUAAACGAUAAUUUUUCAGCCAAAGAAAACUAAAUAUUUUCGUGAAGAAUUUUGAUAAUGUUAGGUUUUUUCCAAGGGGAGGAUGAAAACAGCAGAAGAGGUGAAAACCAUUAUAAAUUGGGGCAUGUGGAGAGUUUUCAGUAAUAACGAUGGGGAGAUUGUCGGUCUUGUCCACGCCAGCGUGACGUGACGGCACAUACAAGACAUAGUCUUUCUCCGUUUUUUUUCUCUACAGCCUUUAACUGAACAAUUACACAAUAAACAAUCAAACUCUUGACAUGAAAAAUUAAAGUUUAAAUCCACAAACAUCAUAUGUGUAAUCCGGGGCAUAUAAAGACUGGGAUCAGAGGAUAAUUACUUUCUCUCAAUUUAAACCCAUUCAUAUUUUUCGACUCUACUGGAAAGGGCGUGACUUCGCCACUCUAUAGGUCCAUGACGUCCAGACUUUUCCCGGGAAGAAGAUUCCUGUAUUAAGAAAUCAAAACAAUGUAAUGAAUUUGGAGGGAUGAAUAGUUUGAUUCAACAGUAUUUAAGUGAUAAGUAUAACGGGUCAAUUCAAAUUUUUACAGACGGGUCAAAAGAUCCAGACACAGGUAGGACAGGGGCAGCAGUACACAUACCACAGUUUAAUGUAUCAAUUAUCAAAAGAACGUCAGAUCAUUUAGCAGUAUUCACAGUGGAGCUGUUAGCCAUUUUAUUGGC